CGAUGGAGCCUGGGAAGAGAAGAAGCAAAGAUGAUACUUGGAAGGCAGAAGACCUCAGAAAACACCUUUGGGCUGUACAAUCAGAUAGUCCCAAGGAAGACAAGAAAAACAGAGAAAAGAAACGGCACAAGGAGUUGGAAAUGGAGCUUCCUGAAUACAAAGAGCAUAAGUCCAGGAAUCCAGAGCGAGACACCAAGAACACAGAACGGGUGACAGAAGUUCACACCACCAAGGACAGAGGGGAAAGGGACACAGACAAACAGAAGGAAAGGAAGAAAGAGACAAAAGACCGGGAGAAAGAGAAGGUUAAAGAGAAAUAUCGAGAACAAGAGGCAGAAAAGUCUCACAGUAGAGGGAAAGACAGAGAAAAAGAAAAGGACAGAAGGGCCAGGGCAAAAGAGCUCCAGCAGACCACUGCCCAUCACAACCUGCUGGGCACUGAGGCACACCAUCCGCAGCUCCUGGAGAGGCCAGAGAGGAAGAGCCGCUCAGUAAGUAAGAUAAGAAGUGAAGAGAAAGAAAGGAGACAUGAAGACUCUGAAAGAGGAGAUGAAGACAGAGAAAGAAGAUACCGAGAGAGAAAGUUGCAGUAUGGUUACAGCAAAGACAACCCUCUCAAGUACUGGCUUUAUAAAGAAGAAGAUGAGAGAAGACACAGGAAAUCAAGAGAGCCAGAUCGAGAAAAGAACCAUCAAGAGAAAAGCAGCACACGGGACAAAAGAGAAAAAUAUUCAAAAGAGAAAAGCAAUUCAUUCUCUGACAAAGAAGGGGAAGAAAGACAUAAAGAAAAACGACACAAAGAAGGCUUUUAUUUUGAUGAUGAAAGGCACCACAGUAACAUGGGUAAAAAGGAGAGAUCAUCGAAAGAAGAGCACAAGAAAAGGGAAUCCAAGAAUGGUGAACACAGAAGUCGAGGUUCAAGUUUAAAAAGAGAAAGGACCAGCGGCCAGCAUGUAGAGAAUUUAGUAAGGAAUAAUGGAAAAGAUAAAGAUUCAAGAAGGAAGCAUGGCCACAAGGAAGGUGCAUCUGUCUGGCUGUCAGCUCAGAGGCAAGGCAGCGAGGAGGCUACGGAAAUUGAAAAGGAAGACAUUACUUUAGAAAAUGCUAGAGUUGAUGAAUAUACAGCCAGUGUUGAAGAUGAUUUUGAAGACUAUGAAGAUGACUUUGAAGUUUGUGAUGAUGGCGAUAAUGAUAGUAAUAAUGCACCUGAGUCAAAAGAAGAAAUUGAAGAACUUCCUUUAGCCCAAAGAAAGGAAAUACAAGAAAUUCAGAAAGCCAUCAAUGCUGAAAAUGAAAGAAUUGGCAAGUUAUCUUCAAAACUGUUUCGGAAGCAAGGUCGAAUGGAGUGUGAAAGGGAGCCCAGCACAGAUACAAGCAACUCUCCUUCCAGACCUGCUGUUUGUGGAAUUUUUGUGGAUUUUGCAACAGCCUCACACCGUCAAAAGAGUCGGAUUCAGGCCCUUAAGCAAAAGAUGCGAAGUACAAAACUGCUUCGGCUUAUUGACUUAGAUUUUUCGUUCACUUUCUCUCUCUUGGAUCUACCACCAGUAAAUGAGUAUGACAUGUAUAUCAGAAACUUUGGGAAAAAGAAUACUAAGCAGGCAUAUGUUCAGUAUAAUGAAGAUAGUGUUGAAAGAGACAUUCAAACUGAAGAAAUAGAGACCAGGGAAGCAUGGACCCAGCAUCCAGGAGAAGGCACUGCUGUAUCUGGAGGUAGUGAAAAAAAAGAUAUCUCGGAUGCCACAGCUAUAGCAAAGAUUGAUACUCCACGGUUAUGUAGCUUUCUCCGGGCAGCUUGUCAGGUGAUUGCUGUCUUGCUGGAAGAGGACCGGUUGGCAGCUGAACCAAACUGGAAUCUCAGGACUCAGGAAAACACCCUGCAUUUCAGUGAUAGCUUCUCUCAGUUGAACACUAGCUUGCCAUUUCUGCAAAAUCGAAAAGUGUCCUGUUUGCACGCCUCUUGCAUUCAGAGGCAGACAGUGGUCUCUGUUCAUGGUCUGCCUGAGAAGGCGUUCUCCCUUCUGCUGGACAGCAGGCACAUCCUCUGCGUGUGGGAUAUUUGGCAGCCUUUGGGGCCCCAGAAGGUUCUGAUAUGUGAGUCUAAGGUCACAUGUUGCUGCUUUAGCCCUUUGAAAGCAUUUUUGCUGUUUGCUGGAACAGUGCAUGGCUCAGUUGUUGUCUGGGACUUGAGAGAAGACUCAAGGGUACACCAGUAUGUGAAGCUGAGCGAUUGUUUCUGGACAUUCAGGACGACCACAUUUUCUACUGAUGGAAUCUUUAUGUCAGUAAACCACCGAAGUCCACUUCAAGCAAUAGAACCUGUCUCAACAUCUGUCUACAAGAAACAGAGCUUUGUGCUUUCACCCUUUUCUACUCAGGAAGAAAUGUCAGGUUUGGCAUUCCACAUUGCAUCCUUGGACGAGAGCGGGAUUCUCAAUAUGUGGGUUGUUGUUGAAUUACCAAAAGCAGACAUCUCAGGCUCAAUAAGUGAUUUAGGUCUGAUACCUGGAGGGAGGAUCAAGUUGGUACAUAGUGCUGUGUUCCACUUGGUUGGCAGUCUUUCCCAUAAAGGUAAUGAAUUUUUGGGAACCACGCAAACUCUGAAUGUUAAAUUUCUGCCUUCAGAUCCUAAUCACUUUAUUGUUGGCACAGACAUGGGUCUGAUAAGCCAUGGCACCAGACAAGAUUUGAGAGUGUCUCCCAGACUAUUCAAACCUCAGCAGUGUGGUAUAAGACCAGUAAAAGUUAAUGUGAUUGAUUUUUCACCAUUUGGAGAACCAAUAUUCUUGGCCGGCUGUUCAGAUGGAAGCAUCCGGCUUCACCAGCUGGACUCUGCAGACCCCCUCAUGCAGUGGGACAGUAGCACUGACGGCCACGCGGUCACCGGCCUGCAGUGGUCCCCGACCAGGCCUGCCGUUUUCCUGGUGCAGGAUGACACAUCGACCAUCUAUAUCUGGGACCUCCUCCAGAGCGAUCUGACCCCUGUUGUUAAGCAGUCCAUCUCCCCAGACAGGCUGGUGUCCAUGGCUGUCAUGGGUGAGCCAGACAAGGCUGGAGGCAGCUUCCUGGCCCUUGUGCUGGCCAGGGCCUCCAGCAGCAUCGACAUCCAGUACCUGAAGAGGCAGUGGGCGGCCCCCCAGGAGGACGAGAGCAGCAGACUGCGUCUGCUUUUGCAGGAAGUCCCAUGGACAGAGGGGAAACUACAUAAGUAACACUGUCAGAGGACAGUGUUUAUGGAAGGACCCAGAUUUAAAGACGUAAUUGUAAAAUGGAUAAUUUUGUAUCUGAGUGCACAUGUAUUUAUGUAUAUGGAGUGUGUAUAUUCUGCACAUAAUUUAUUUUGCAAGAUUGUUACUUUGUUGGGAGCCAGCCUUGGAGGCCUACCAGAUUGACAGGGUCCUGGUGACCCCGGGCCGCAGGGCGAGUCUAGGAAGCUGAGGCCCUGCUGUCUUGCCUUUGCUGUUACGGCCAAAGAAUUCCGUGCAGUCAUGAAAAAAGAAAACAGCCCGUUUAUGCGAAGUAUUUUCAGUUACUGGAAACUCAUUUUCCAUCUUUCCACUUCCCACUACGUUGUUUGACCUGUCCCUUUUGCUCAUGUGAUGACUCUGAGGCAUGUUUAAAGGGCUUUCUUUUGCUUGGUUGUGGGUUACAGAUCUUGUUUUUAGGGUUAGAAUUUGUGACUAAUACCUGGUAAAAAGAGAUUUCUGAUUUUAUUUAGGCAAAGAAUUGUUUUGAAUAUUUUUACUUAUUAUUUGUAGUUGUAGUUAUGGUGUUUGGACAUAAGGUUCUAUAGGCAUAAGAAUUAAGUGUAAGUGAAAGUCUAUAUUAAGGUAUAUGCAGGUGAUUUAUAAGUUUGUUUUUUAGGGUUUGGGAUACAUAUUAAAGUUAUAGUAUAUAAGAAAUUGAAGGGUUUAGAUGUAGAAUUUAAGUAAGUGAAACAGGUUUUACCUAACAACCAAAACUACCUUGAGGUCUGAAUAACAUCACUAAAAGUUUCUUCUAAGCUGUUCGCUUUAGGAAUAAGAUGUUCCAAAUAGGAAGACAAUGAAGGAAUUCGAAUAAGAGGAAACUACCAAGGGACUUGAAAGACCAGAAGGCCUUGAGAAAGAAACUCCUCAUUCAUGAAAAAAGGAAUAUCUGCGCAAGGUGUUUGGGAGGGUCUCCAGGUGCACAGAUGGAAAUACUCCACACAAAGACUGCUCCAAAGUCUUGGGCCAGAAACUGUUGUUCUGGACCCCAGAAACUUUAUUGUGGAAAUAACCUGUUUCCCUGGAUAAUUUGAAUAAGGAAGUUAAGUUUGUAAAGGAUUACAGUUGUUAGAAAGCUCAUAAUAUGUAUUAGUUAACUU